CCCAAUGCCAGACUGAAGAAUCGAGCGCCACCGGACAGUUGUUGGAAUGACACUACAAUAAACUUUGUGUGUUCUUGAGAUUUCCAGUUGAAGUGUAACCGUGUUUCGCCGUGUGAGAACUUUUAACCAAAAAAUUGUAUUUAAAGUGUUUUCUUGAAAAAAAAAAAUAAAAAAAAAAGAACUUUCAAAACCCUUGUGCUUCUAUUGCAUUUUAUCAAUUAAGUGAUUUUUAAAAGAUCUUCAAUUCUUCAUCAUCAUGCAAGACGUUACACGUCGUGCUUCGCGCGUUGGUUCUCUACGUCGUGGAUCCAUCUCACAAUUGCCACAAAAAACACACGAAAUCCCAUGGGACAUUCUUGAACGAUUGCUGAUGCCAUUCCUAUUUUGUCAUGCAGCUGCCAUUAUUAUUUCAACAUUCUUGCACGCAUUUGACAUAUCUCAUGUGUCAACAUUUGCUAUUUUUGUUUGGUUUGCCCUAUCAACAGUUGGAGCUGUCUUGUUUUAUCAUUUUGUUAAGGUUUCUGCGUCAGGUAAAGGUGUCCUUAUAACCGGAUGUGAAUUGCCUAUUGCUUGGUACUUGGCUAAAAAGCUCGAUGAUUUGGGCUUUACAGUUUACGCUGGAUUCAGUUCUCCCAUUGAAGACAACGAAGAGGCGAAAAUAUUGAAGGAAGAGACUUCUGGGCGAAUGAAACUUCUUCAUGUUGAUGUGUGCUCUGAAAAAACUCUUUUGGAAGCUUGUCUUUUCAUUACGGAACAUCUUCCUUAUGGAGCGACUGGAUUAUGGUCGGUUAUUCAUUGCGCUCAUUGGACUGCUUUUGGUGAGCUUGAGUGGAUUCCGUUUGCAGUGCUUCGUAAAUCUUUGGAUCUUAACCUUCUCGGAGCUGCUCGCCUCACACAAAUCAUGUUGCCCCUCAUCCGACGCUCUAAUGGACGUAUUGUAUUUUUAACCUCCGGCUUAAAUAAAGUUCCGUCGCCUGUUCGUGGCAUUCACUGUGCCACCCAGGCUGCUUUGGAAACUCUUGCCGCUUGCAUGCGUCAAGAAAUGCGUCCUCGUGGUGUCGAUGUGACUGUUGUUGCAGCUGGGGAGUUUACCCCCGGCAAUGCCUGGCUUGAUGAUACCACACUCAGGGAACAGGCCAAGGAAAUGUGGGAACAAUUAUCUGACGAACAGAAGAAAAUCUAUGGUGAAGAUUACUAUGAGGCUGCUAUGACGUCAAUGGAGACUUACAACAAAGAAUCUGCUGACAUCCAACCCACUCUUCGUGUCCUCAUUGAUGCUGUUACACGCACUUUCCCAAUGGCUCGCUACACCCCAGUCACUGGAACCGAAAAGCUUCAAAUCUUCCUUGCCGAACAUUUGCCAACGGGAUUAUAUGAGGCUUUAUAUGCCAAGAAGUAAGGCAACAUCCGAUUGAUGAUUAGUUAUUUAUUUGGGAAGAUGAUGAUUUAAUAUUUAUAUGGUUGCUUUUUACACUUAGAGAACGCAUUUGUUAAUAAUUUAAUGUUUAAAUGAAAUAUAUACGAAAAGAAUAAAUUUGUUUCAUAGGGACGUCAAGUUCAGACUUAUAUUUACGUAUACGUAUUUCGAUUAAAGUCUUAUUGUUUUAUCUAGAAAGAUUACACAGUUUGCAUAAAUAUUUAUUUCUUUAAAAUAACUUAAUGUUAAAUAAUUUUUUAUUAUGUUAACUGUUCUGAAUAAUAAAGUUAGUUUUUUU